ACAAGUUUCACUGUGGUGAGACAUCAUCGCUUCUUCCUGCUGCGUCAACUUUUGUUUGUUGAUUCAAUCCUGGAUUUCCACCAUCAUCCUUUUUCCCAAAUUUAGCCUUUUUUUUUAAUCCACUUAUUUGUAUUAAUUGCAUUAGUUUGAUCGCUGAAAUCUUCCUGACUACCGGGUGCCGAGAAGCGCCUCCUCCUCUAACUCCAUUCCUCAACAACCAUAUGAUCGCUCAACAUGACACAUUUAAAUGGAUCUAUAAGUUGAAACCAACUCUAACUCCGUUUGACUGCAUCAGUUUGAGACUAAGAUGUUGUCCUGAGUAAAGUUUGUGUGACAUCGAAGGCUUCCUGAGCAUCAUCUCUCCAAACACUGCAAUGGCAACCAGCAUAAUUGUGGAGCACCAAAUUUCUCAUAAGUUCACAGUGACUGUCGUUCGUGCGGAAAAUGUUACAAAAGGAGCUCUGGGGGACUUGUUGGAUACCCCAGAUCCAUAUGUGGAGCUGUUCAUCCCGACGGCUCCAGAGAGCAGGAAGAGGACUAAGCACAUAGACAACGACAUCAACCCAAAAUGGAACGAGACUUUUCAUUUCAUUUUAGACCCCAGCCAGCAAAAUGUCCUGGAGCUGACAUUAAUGGAUGCCAACUAUGUAAUGGAUGAGACACUUGGAACCGCAUCCUUUGACAUCAGCAAGCUCAAAGUGGGCCAGACAAAACUGGAAAUUUUCAAAUUUGGAAAAGCAACCAAAGUUCACUUGGAGUUGAAGGUGGAAAUCUGCACAAACCUUGACCUGAGAUUCAGCUUGGCCCUGUGUGACAAAGAGAAGCAGUUUAGACACACCCGUAGAGAAAGAGUGAUGCUCGGCAUUAAAAAGCUUCUCGACAUGGAGAAGCCUCGCUUCCUGCCCAGCUCUCCUGUAGAGGUACCAGUGAUAGCCAUAGCCGGUUCAGGCGGGGGUUUCCGUGCAAUGGUUGGGUUUUCUGGAGUGAUGAAGGCCCUGUUUGAGUCUGGGGUCUUGGACUGUGCCACAUAUAUUGCAGGGCUCUCUGGAUCCACAUGGUCUGUGUUUCUUUACACUCUAUAUGACGUCACGAGGAUGGAUAUCAAGCUAAGUGAAAUUCAAGAAAAAAUAAACCAGGCCCAGAGCCCUCUACCUCUCUUCACAUGUUUACACGUCAAACCAGAUGUUUCCGAGCUCAUGUUUGCAGAUUGGGUGGAGUUCAGCCCAUAUGAAAUCGGAAUGGCAAAGUACGGUACCUUCAUGACACCCGAUCUGUUCGGAAGCAAGUUCUUCAUGGGAUCGGUCGUAAGGAAGUAUGAAGAGAACCCUCUUCAUUUUCUGAUGGGUAGACUGAAUGUUUCUUUUGUGUGUCUCACAGAGCAAAUCAAACCACAGCAUAUUGUUGGAGAAGACAGCCUUGAUAAUGAUGAGGAAUACAGAAAAGGUGGGACAGAGAACCAGGAAGCGGAGGAGGAGUUUAGCCGCACUGCUCAGGCCAGCUGGGUUCAGCGAAUGUUCACUUCACUCUUUAGUGACUCUUCGCUGUUCAACACAAGAGAGGGCCGUGCUGGAAAGGUGCAUAACUUCAUGCUGGGUCUGAACUUGAACACCACUAUCCCCUUCUCUCCUGUACCUGAAAUUCCAUUUCCUGAAUCCACACCUGAAGAGGAAGUGGAUGCUGUAACAGAUCCAGAUGAGUUUGAUCGUAUUUACGAGCCUCUGGAUGUGAAGAGUAAGAAGAUCCAUGUGGUAGACAGCGGACUGACGUACAACCUUCCCUAUCCUCUCAUCCUGCGGCAGCAGCGCGGCGUUGACCUCAUCAUCUCAUUUGAUUUUUCUGCUCGACCGAGCGACUCCAGCCCUCCAUUCAAGGAGCUGCUGUUAGCUGAAAAGUGGGCCAGAAUGAACAAGCUCCCGUUUCCUAAGAUUGACCCUAAAGUGUUUGAUCGUGAGGGUCUGAAGGAAUGCUACGUCUUUAAACCCAGGAAGGGGGAGAAGAACUGCCCAACCGUGAUCCAUUUUGUCCUGGUCAACAUUAACUUCAGGCAAUUCAAAGCACCUGGUGUUCCCAGAGAGACUGAGAAGGAGAAGGAGUUUGCAGAUUUUGACAUCUUUGAUGACCCAGAGUCACCAUUUUCCACUUUCAACUUCCAGUACUCCAAUGAGGCUUUCACCCGCCUUCAUGACCUCAUGGAGUUCAACACUUUAAACAACCUGGAGGUUAUUAAAGAGGCCAUCAAGGACUGCAUUGUGGCGCGGAAAGAGUCUCCCUCUGACCUCUCGCUUCCCUUUUCCCUCAGCGAGAUCCCUAAAAGGAAGUUUUCCAAGAAGGGUCCUGAUUCAAAACCCCAGAAUCACCUUGGAGAGGAGCAAAAAUAGUUCAUAUUAACAAUUUGGAUGAACAGACUUCUUGAAGUUUUGCUGAGUUAACCUUAAAGUUGUGUACUUAACUUUAUGAGAAUACUCCUAUCCUGAUCUUCAGAAAGAUUUGAUGCGACAGUUUUUUGUUUUUUUUUAACUCCACUGGUGACAGUCUUCUGAUUGCACGGGCUUCUCGUCUGGUUUUAUGUUCACAUGGGAUUUCUGGAAAGAAAAAAAAAUCUUUUGAUAAUUACUUAACACCCCACUGCAGCUUUAUUGACUUCAGACAACACAAUGUUGUUAGGGAGAUAUUUUCCUUUGCUGCUCUUAGUUAUUCCUUCAUCUUUAUUGCAUUUCAUAUCCCUGCCAAAGUUCUUACAUUCCUUAUCCUUUGGGAUGCUCCUAUUUUGGCUUUUAAAUUCUCCUGACGAAAAUCCAUUAAGCAGCUUCAUUGUGGUUAACCUUUUUUUUUUUUAUAGCUAAACUGAAUGCGUGGCUUCAGAGCGAAUAUUUUUGCUUUUACAUAUUUUUUUUUCCAUGUGAUCCCUUGUCUUAACUUGUAAUCCUGUUUAAAACCAUGGAUGGGAAGCUCAUAACUUUUGCUUCUGUUUGAUUGCAACUCCUAAACACGCAACCUGCACCCCCUCUGGAUAUUUUAAACAUCUAAAGGAUGUUUACCCACCUACGGAACAGGAGCACUCCCUACUGCCCGGAAGGGAGUGUCAAAUUAAAUCCACCAUUUUGGAAACAACAAAAUGCGUUGCUAUAGUAACGGCUCUUUGCUUCUUUCCUUUUGACAUGUUUUGGUCCCAGCGUCAGGGUUAAGAUGUGUUUAUACACCUGACCAGUUUGGUUUAUGAUACAGACACAGGGGGAUUGCGAUGCCUUACUUUUUAAACCUUGGAGCCAAGGCUGGGUGGAUCAUAAUAUGAUCGCAUCUUUUUAGAACGAUGGCCUUCUCUCUUAACAUCACCCGGUGGAAUUUUACACACUACGCCUACACCUGCAGCAGUAGAGGCAUGGAAUCCAACACACUACACCUAAUGCCUGCAGGGGGCUAAUAGGCUGCACACACAGAGGGGAGAGGUUUUUCACUUCCAAGCUCUUCGCACUCACGUGUCAGCCUCGGCCGUCUGAAAGCAAACUGUGACGAUGCAUAAAGAGGAUCACGCAUCCCUGAUCAUGAUUGAGGAAUGUAUGAUCCUUGCUAAUCAUUGUCUUUCCUUUAUUUAUGUUUUUUUGUUUGUUUUGUUAUGUUUUACCUGUGUGAUUUUUAAAGAAAAUAUGGCCGUUUUGGAAUAUUUCAUUCACUCACUCUCUUAUAGAAAUUCUUAAGACCUUCCCUUGGUCUGGUUAGGAUAGUUAUCAUUGAUGGUCUGAAUCAGGCAUGUCCACAGUCGGUCCUUGAGGAUCUCUGUCUUGGAAGUUUUAGAGGUUUCUCUUCUUCAGCACAGAUGAUUCUGAUUAUUG